AUGAGUUCUGUCACCGCCGCUCCUCCCACGGAGCUCCCUCCCACCGCCGCGGCGCUCCCCGCAACAAUGCGCGCCUGGCAAUUCACGUCGACGCACCACGGGCUGGAAAAGAACCUGCACCUCAACGACGCGGCGCCCUUGCCACCGCACGACGCCAAAACCCUCGGCAAGGACAAGGUGCUGGUCCAGGUGCUCGCCGCGGCGGUCAACCCCGUCGACUACAAGCUGGCCGAGAUGCCCGUGGUGGGACGGAUGAUGAUCAAGACGCCGAGUUCGCCGGGGCUGGAUUUCGCGGGGAGGGUCGUCGCCGUGGGUCCGCCGUCCUCGUUGCCGCCACCUCCGCGACCCUCGUCGUCGUUUCCGUCGUCGUCGGGUCACGCCGACGAUCUCAAGAUCGGCCAGUUGGUCUUUGGCCGUCUCGACCAGCCGACCCAGUUCGGCACCCUGGCUGAGUACACGCUCGCGCCGCGCAGCGGGCUCGCCCUCGUGCCGGAAGGUGUCGCCGUCCGCGACGCCGCGUGCGUCGGCACCGCGGGUCUCACGGCGUACAAGGCCAUUGUGCCCAAUGUCAAUGCCCAGCACCUCGCGAGUGGCAGCAGCUCCGGUGAUAAAAAACCCAGGGUCUUUGUCAACGGCGGCAGCGGCGGCACGGGCGUCUGGUCCAUCCAGAUCGCAAAGGCCCUCGGGUGUCACGUCGUCGCGACGUGUUCGGGCAGGAACGUUGAGUUGUGCAAGAGUCUCGGUGCCGACGAGGUGGUCGACUACACAAAGGGGGAUGUCGUGGGGGUUUUGCGCAAGAUGGCUACUUCUCCCAAAACUACAACCAACACGAAUACUACUACGACAACCGGAGGCGAUCACUCAGAGACUGAAAAAUUCGACCUCAUCGUCGACAACGUCGGCACCUCCGACGCCCUCUACUGGCAAGCCCACCACUUCACGACCCCCAAGGCCAAAUACGUCCAGGUCGGCGCCGGCAUGUCCCUCCACGCGACGCUCCAGACGGCCAUGAAGAUGCUGUGGCCGGGCUUCCUGGGCGGCGGCCGUCGUAAGUUCCACUUGAUGAUGGUGGCCAACGACGCGGCGACGCCGGCGCAGUUUGCCGAGCUGGGCGGGUGGUUGGCCCAGGGGAAGGUGAGGGCCGUGGUGGACGAGGUGGUGCGGUUCGAGGACGCGCCCAGGGCGUUUGAGAAGCUCAAGACGGGGCGGGCGAGGGGGAAGAUUGUCGUGGAUGUUGCUCAGUCAGUCACCGAGUGA